AAAAGUUUCAGUGCUUUUCUCCUUUUGUUUGCUAGUCCUUUUUUCUAUCUUUCCUUUUUGGGUGCUGUUCUUUUUAAGUUUGUAGGCUCUUUUCAGAAAGGAGUGUUUAGCUAGUGUAGGCACUGUGGUUGAUUCAGAUUCAUGGGGUUUUAUUCCAUUCCACCAAAUGUGUAUAAAUAGAGAGGUCAAUCUUGUGUUUUUCUGCAGGAGCUGCUUUCAGUCAUUGCAAGAGGUGAGCUUUCGACUUCGGCCGCAGCAGCAAGAUGAGCUAUGGGGGAGGUUCUGGUAGUCGAACUGGUAGAAGGACUUUUGAGUAUGGAAGGACCUAUGUGGUCAGGCCCAAAGGGAGGCACCUGGCCACUAUCGUUUGGCUUCAUGGGCUUGGUGAUAAUGGUUCAAGCUGGUCCCAGCUCUUGGAUACACUUCCUCUUCCUAAUAUAAAAUGGAUUUGUCCAACCGCUCCGACUCGUCCGGUAGCACUUUUUGGUGGAUUUCCUUGCGCUGCAUGGUUUGAUGUAGGAGAGCUUUCAGAGGAUGGGCCUGAUGAUGUGGAGGGUUUAGAUGCUUCUGCAGCUCAUGUUGCAACCCUGUUGUCAACAGAACCUGCUGAUAUCAAACUUGGUGUUGGAGGUUUCAGUAUGGGUGCUGCAACCGCCCUCUACUCUGCCACCUGCUGUGCUAAUGGUAGAUAUAGCAAUGGCAACCCAUUUCCAGUCAACCUGAGUGUAGUUGUUGGUCUAAGUGGCUGGCUUCCAUGUUCAAGGACCUUGAAAAGCAGGAUCGAAGGGUCACAAGAGGCUGUGAGACGUGCUGCUUCCUUGCCACUGUUGCUCUGCCAUGGAAAAGCGGAUGAUGUCGUCCUUUUCAAACAUGGACAGAAAUCUGCAGAGGCUUUAACUACAACUGGUUUCCGGAAUCUCGUUUUCGAGACCUACAAUGGGCUUGGGCACUACACAGUCCCGGACGAGAUGGCAGAUGUCUGCAAAUGGCUCACUGCCAGGCUGAGGCUCGACAGGUCCCGCUCAUAAUCACAAAAUGGCUCUUGGUGAAGUAAUACUGAGUAUAUCUGUACGGAAUAUUAGUUAUGGUAAGUUAAAUGAGUAGUUGCGAGUUUGGGGUAUAUGGUAUAGUGUCACUGAUAUCUACCUAUUCCGUAUGGUCCGCUUGCCUCUCGAAUAGAAACAGUUGAAUAUGCUUUCUGUAAUUUUGGCUUGUUGGCACCAUGAUGGGAUUGGUAUUGGUGAUUUUUAACAUUCGUGAUAUGGGUUAUUUAUAUGAGAUUGUAUUUCUGCCA